AUGAACAUUCCACUGCAGUGCAACGCAACCCUCUUCAAACCCAAGAGCAGCCCACAGGCCAGCAGUAGUAGCAGCCUAAAGAGACAGAAGUCGACCGCUGAAGAGAUGCGAGAUGCAGCAGAUGGCGCUGCUGCUGAUGGGGCGCCGUUUCUGCCAAAAAAAGCUCAGCUUCAGCUGCUCGAUGUGUCGAAGUCUCGGCGGCUGGGGGGCCGCCUGCUGUCUCGCAUGCGGCCGUCGCCUUCCGUCUCGUUUGUGUCUGCGCUGCCUCGAGACCCUUCUGCUUCUGCCUCCACUUCUCUAUCCCCUGAAGUUGCAGCGGAAAUUCGGGAGUCUGGCGUUCUCGUAGCAGAGGUUUCCAUAGAUCUUGCCUCUCUUGCCGCUGCUCAUUGCGCUGGCAUGCAGCCCCAGACGCUCCACCUGCCGCUAGAAAAGGCGGAUGGACAAAUUACUGUCUCCGUCUCUCUGCACAGACUCGAGGGCCUCUGUGCAGCGGCAGCCCCCUCAAAGCUUACUGCAGCAACACCAGCAAAUAUAAGAACAGCAGCACCAAAAGCGUCCGUCAUUCCCGGAACAACACCAAUGGCGCUGGUAGCGGAAGACGAGAAGCCCUUUGUGUUGCGUUUGCCUCACAAAGAAACUUUGCCUUCUUCCUUGGAGACGCCUACGCUGGAAGAAGAGAACCAGCAGCAGGAGCCUAAGGCAUCAGCACCAACAGUAACGGAAAAAGCAGCGGCACAAACUGGAAAGGAGGGAACACAAAUUGCUUCCUCCGCAUGCAAAGCUCAGCGACCACUGGUGCAGGAGCUCGGGCCCACAGGAACUGCAACUACCCCUGCAGUGCUAUCCCCAGCAGAACGCCAGCAACAGCCGAAGCAGAAGACACAUCAGCAACACCAAGGGCAGGUACAACGGCAGCAGCGGCAAGCUGAACUGAGAAGAAAGGACGAAUUGAUAGCGAGUCUGCAGCGCCAAGUAGCCCUCAUGGAAGCAGAGAAACGCCAGGCAGCGGCCCCGCAGUUGGCGCAGCUGUUCGCUCAAAUAGACGAGUUACACACGGCGCUGGCUGCAGCGCAGGAGCAGCAAUUGGCAGCAGCGGAGCAACUUCAACAAGAGAGGGAGAAGGGAGACAGCUCUGUAGUUGUUGCUGCGCUGCAGCAGCAGCUGCAGGACGCCGAACAACGGCUGCAGCAUCUGGAAAGGAACAGGCAUGAAAUGCAUCUGCAGCAGCAGGAGAUGCAACAGAAAAACAGCGAGCAGCAACAGGAGCUGUUGCAGUUGCAGGCAGAGAGAGAUGGGAUGCGACUUAUUGCUGACGCGUACAAGAAACAGCUGGAGGAGCUACACCAGCAGCAACAGAAGCAGCAUGAGCAACAGCAACAGCCGGAGGGAGACCAAUUAGGGCGCGUGUUGCAACAAGCAGAGGAAUGGAAAGCCGAGAAGGAGCAGCUCCAAAAUAAGCUAGCUGAUGAGACUAAGGAAAGGGAAGCAGCACUGAAGGAAGUGCGCUUGCUGCAACAGCAGCUGCACCAGCAGGUACGGCAGCAGCAAUUGUUACAGCAGAAAUUGGUGCAGCAGGAUGCUCACCCCAGCGCAGACCCUGCAGCAGUCCUGCAACAGCAAAUCAUAUCGCUCCAGCGCCAGCUCGUGGAGGCUGCAGAUACAACAGAGGCGUUGCGUAUGGCCAAGGACCAAAUGAUCGCCGGACUGACAAGAGCCCUUCAGGAAAUGCAACAAAAGCAAGGAGAAGCGCAGGCGGUUCAGCAGCAAACGAUGCAGAAGCUGAACACAUUCAAGGAGGAGGCAGAGGCUCUCAGGGAGAAGAUUCGCUGCCAAGAGGAAACGCUGCAGCGACUACCCAGCCAGGCAGCCUGGUCUUGCGCCCAGCAGCAGCACCAGCUGCUGCUACAGCAGCAACGGGAGUGGCAGCAGCAGCAAGAGCAACAACAACGAGAGCAAGACCUGCAACUAGCGGCAAAAACACGACGUAUAGAGGAACUCGAGAGAGAACUGGUUUACGUGAAAGUUGAGUUAGCAACAGCUGAACAACGAAGACACGAAGACAUCGACGCCUUCAAAAGGAAACUGCAGGCCGUGAAGGAAACAGUCGUGGCUUACGCGGCCGCUUCCUCCAGCAGCCUUCAGGUGUACACCCACUGCAUACCACUGCUGGGACGGCAGUUUCUGUGGACCCUUUAA